CCAAAUAAAAUUUUGAGACUUACCAUGGCUUUACCAUUGGCUCCUGCUGAUAUGUUCGAGCAAGGGUUACAAAUUAUUCAAGAUGAAGCUGACGCGAUGUCAGCAGAGUAUCCUGUUGUUUUGCAAUUUGCUGUUUACUUGAGGCGCAUCUGGCUCCCUUUAAAAGACAAAGUCUCUGUCUUUGGUACAUCCAUACGGACGAAUAAUUUGGUCGAGAGUUUUCAUUUUGUCAUUUUCCGAAAACUUGGUGGAAUUCAUCCGAAUAUUUGGAUUUUUCUUCAUAAUCUAAGCGAGUUGAUCACCGAUCAAGAAAUAAAUAUGGCAAGGUUACUGCAAGGGCAUAGC